AUGUGAACUGGAACAAAAAGUUUGGCCCCUCUGAAGAACCAAAAUAGAUCGAGGGAGAUUGAGCGAGUGCCACCGUGGCACACCAACCGACCGGUGGGCCCCACUGAGCAGUGAGAAGGACGAGGCAUCGGAGUUAGAUCCCACCAAACUAAAAUCUCCUCCAAGCUCCGAAGUCGACGAGACGACCUGCUCCGCAAUUCCGCAUAACAGAAUCUCCUCCUCCUCUGGCGCCGAGAGAGAUGGGAUGCUGCAGCAGCCGGAGCUCCGACUCGCCGGCCAGCCGCGUCGCGCGCUGGCGCUCCACGGGGAUCGUCGCCCUCCGCGACGCCAGAUUGAAGGCAGUACCGAAUGAAGUUCUACAAGUAGGAAAUUCCCUGAGGAUUCUGGACUUGACUAACAACAAGAUAGGGUUAUUUGACAGUUUGGGCAGAGAAUAUCAUCCAAUUGAACUUCACGCAUUGCAUUUACAUCAAUUUUUUUUAUAUCUUGACAGAUAUCAAUUAAUUAUGUUUUGUUUUGCAGUUGAUAUUCCCCAGGAAGUUGGCAGAUUUGUGAAUAUGCAAAGACUUGUUUUGACUGGUAAUUUGAUUGAAAACAUCCCGGCGAACAUUGGAUACUUGCGGAAUCUUAAAAUCCUUGCGCUUGACAGAAAUAGGAUCUCUGUCUUGCCUGAAGAAUUGGGUUCUCUAUCAAAUCUUCAGCAACUCUCUCUUUCUCAGAAUUCUUUGUCACGCCUGCCUAAGAGUGUAGGAGAUUUGCGCAAUAUGUUGCUACUCAAUGUAUCUGAUAACAAACUAACAGCACUUCCUGAAUCAAUUGGAGCCUGCAGUUCCCUGGAAGAAUUGCAGGCAAAUGGAAAUUCAAUUGAAGAUGUGCCUUCGUCAAUCUGUACCCUUGUUUGCCUCAAAUCCCUAUCAUUGAAUGGGAAUAAAAUUCGUCAGCUUCCCCAAAACCUACUGAGAGACUGCAAGGCUCUUCAGAACAUAUCGUUGCAUGAUAAUCCAAUCUUGAUGGACCAGUUUCAACAAAUGGAUGGCUUUAAAGAAUUUGAGGCACGCCGAAGGAAAAAAAUUGACAAACAAAUUGAUUCAAAUGUCAUGAUGAGUUCCACAGGACUGGAUGAAGGCAUUGAUUUGCACUAGUUUUUCAGAAAUUUCAUUUGAUUUCUAUUUAUACCAUUAGUGCCAACUGUAAAUCUAGUGUAUAUAUUAGUUUUUCUCAUAAGAUUUGGCAAAGAAAUCAAUAAAUGUAUAACAUAUACUAAUCAACGAACUAUGUAACUUUUGCAAUGUGAAUACAUACAAUGAAUUUGUUGCA